AUGAUCCCGUCGCGCGCCCGGGUUCUGCACGCAGGCGCAGGCUUUGGGCGCACAACCACCCCGCAUUGCCAUAGUCGCACAGCGAACGUACUGCGCGAAAUCCGCUGCGGUACCACCAACACAACGAAACGAUGGAAUGCGUCGCCCAAACCCGUGGGGCAGCAGGCGCCAGAGUCUGUAACCACCAUUCCUGGACCGAGUUGGCUGUGGCUCGAGCCCAUCUACGAGCCGUUCCGCGCUUAUGGUAGGGUGCAGAGGAGGAGGCCGUACAUGACGCAGUUUGUGAGCUCGUUGGUCAUCUAUUUGGUGGGCGACUUUGUUGCGCAGAGUAUUGGGCUACCGGCUGAGGUUGUAGAGAGUGUGGACGGAGAGGACGAGGUGGAGAAGGGCUGGGUGCAGGCGUGGGCUGAAGAGAGGGACUGGGCGAGGACAGGAAGAGCGCUUUUGAUCGGGGGUGCGGCAGCAGUGCCGGGAUACAAGUGGUUUCUGUGGUUAAGUAACUCUUUCAACUACAGCUCUAAGACGCUGUCGCUGGCGACAAAGGUUACUGUCAACCAGCUCCUCUUUACGCCCUUGUUCAAUUCGUACUUCUUCGGCAUGCAAUCGCUCCUCACCGGUAUGACCAUCACCGAGACCGUUGAGCGCAUAAAGAACACGGUGCCUGUGUCGUGGAUCAACAGCUGCAAGCUCUGGCCCGCAGUCACAGCAUUUUCGUUUGCAUUCAUACCUAUCGAAUACCGCAGCAUAUUCGGCGGUGUCAUCGCGAUCGGAUGGCAGACCUAUCUUUCGUUAUUGAAUCAGAGAGCUGCAGCUGAAGAAGAGCUUGAGCACAGCCAUGAGGAUGCAAAGCCACUCUCGAUCAGGCGGUGCGAGGAUGACAGCGGUAGAGAUAAAGAGAAAUGUGCCGCAUAA